CAAAAAGAUGCGGAGCGGAGCGGCGCGGUCGUUCAGGAACGUCCGAGCCGCGCCGAGCUCAGCCCAGCCCUAUUUAUUAUGCUUUACUUAAGAUAAGUUUUCUCUAACUAACUAUGAUGAUGUUUAAUAAAGAAGCGAGUUACUUUUAUUUCUUUCCGCUCAUUAUAAGUUAUAAGAUCAGUCUCAACAGCGCGAAAAAACCGACGGGCGGAGACGACAACCGGACACAAUGGCACCUUCCCAUGAAGCAGCUAUCAAUAACCAAACAAAUGAUGCAGACAUUCUGGAUAAGGAAGACCAAAGGUCUCAAAAUACGCUGCAAGAGUCAGAGUUAGCUGCCGAUACGGAGAAACAGGCUCCCUCGCAACCUCCGGCGCAAUCGCCGUGGGGGACGGCUGAUCCCCCGCCUGAUGGGGGAUUCGCGGCGUGGUCGGUUGUGUUGGGGGCGUGGUGUGCGUAUUUCUGUACUUUUGGGUGGAUUAAUAGUAUUGGAACGUUCCAGACUUAUUAUGAGACAACGCUGUUGAGUGAGUACUCGACGAGUACGAUCGCGUGGAUUCCUUCGCUGGAGGUGUUUUUCAUGUUUUUCAUGGGACCCAUUGUUGGUACGCUGAGCGAUAGACUCGGUGCUCGCGUGGUCAUCAUCGCAGGCUCCCUCCUGCAUGUGUUUGGGCUCAUGAUGACCUCCAUCUCUACGGAGUAUUACCAGGUCCUGCUGUCGCAAGGUGUCUGUAGCGCUAUGGGGCUGUGUGCUAUUUUCCAGCCGUCAAUGAGCUCCAUUCCCAGCUGGUUCAACAAGAAACGCGGCGCGGCGUAUGGAAUCAUCGCUUCCGGGUCAAGUGCCGGUGGUGUGAUUUUCCCCAUCAUGGUAGACCGGCUCAUCACUCGUGUUGGCUUCGGGUGGGCGAUGCGCAUCGCUGCCUUUCUAAUCCUGGGGUUGCUUGUCGUCACUUGUUUUACUGUGAGGGCGAGAAUUCCGCCAAUGAAGCAGCGGAUGGAUAAGGAGGCGUUGUUGCGGCCGUAUAAGGAGGUGAAGAUGUUGUUCUUGGUUUCCGGGUUUGUCCUGUUGACUUUCGGCGUGUUUAUUCCUAUCAACUAUAUGGAGACGUCGGCCAUUGCGGAUGGGAUGAGUACGAAUUUGGCGCAAUAUCUGGUUCCGAUUUUGAACGCUGGAAGUCUUUUCGGUCGAAUGGGGGCUGGCGCAUUCUCCGAUAAAGUCGGGCCAUACAACAUUUUUGUCGUGGUCUGUUCACUGACGGGCAUCUUGGUCCUCGCGCUCUGGAUCCCUGCGACCAACAACCCCGGUAAUAUCGUUUUCGCGGUCCUCUUUGGUAUCACUUCGGGCGCAUACUUCUCCUUGUCUGCUGCCCUGGUGGCAAAGAUUGCCCCGCUCCGGGAGAUGGGCUACUGGACUGGUGUGCUUUUCCUGUUUGCGUCGAUUGGUGCCUUGACAACAAACCCUAUUGCGGGCGCAAUCCUGCAGCGCGAUGAUGGGUCGUACACGGGCAUGAAGAUCUAUUCGGGUAUCUUUCUGUUGGCAGGCACCGUGUGUGUCCUAAUGACGCGUAUUCGUCAAACAGGCUGGGUGCUUAAGGCGAAGUUCUGAGUGUUUCCCUCUUGUCUGCUCAUAUGAGUCGGUUUCUCUUGUGAUAUAGUUAAUGUAAUAUUCUCUUGGCUGGUUCGACCUUGCUCAAGCACGAUCUCAAAUCUGAGUAUCUAUCAGAUGCUCGAAGCCCGUAAUGUCGACACUCUGCAUUAAGCCAGUCCAGUCCGGAAACCCAAGGACGCCCAUAUCCCAAUUUACAAAGUCGAAGAACGACUCAACCAUUGGCGCCUCCGCUUGAUCGGCACCUGUCGGUUGGUUCUCAUCGGCUGAGCCCGUGGCCUGCUCCGCAGCCACCUGCAUCUGUCGUAUAUGCAACGCCUUGUCGCGCAGGCGAGUGAUUAUCGCCCACUUUGGCCCCGGGUUUGGCCACAGGGGGUCCUUCUCGGUCAGGUCGAAAACCAGGUUAAUUGCUCGCCAUGCACGUUCAACAUGCAGCCCCACUGGAUACACACAGAGGUGCCACAAUAUGUAUGUGAGGAGAAAGUAAGGCAUAAAUGUAGAAGAAAGCCAGCGAUAUCCGCGGAGAAGCGCGUCGGUAAACAUUUCAUUGGUGCGUUCGAGGGCUUGGCAGGAGAUGUCCAGAGUUUUGGUCUGCAACUCACGACGCUCGGCGACCGGUAUUGCGG